UUAUGGCUUGGGAUAAGUAUGUUGCCGGUCAGAUUGCACACCUGAAAUCAAACCCUCAGGAGAUGGAAGAAUGUAAGAAGAUUGAGAAUGAGGCAGUGGAUAAAAUCGAGAGCAUGUUCCAGGGUAUGAGAGAUUAUACCUGGUGGGAGUCUGUUUUUGGCACUGUCUACGAUGCGGAUAAGCACAUGAGUACCCGAGCGGAAUAUGUGAAAGAGGCCCAAGAGAUAAUGAAUACCAUUGUAGAGCGUGGUGGAAAGCUUGACUUUAUGCCUUCCUAUUUCCGGUAUCAUCCUAGGGCGGAGUCCAUGGCAAAAAAGAUUACUGAAUUGAACGUCAAGAAUCCCGCAGAAAGGGAUCUCUUGGUAGCAAACGUAGCAAAAGAAAGGGAAAUCCAAUACCUGACAGGUGUAGUGAAGGAACUCAAUGGCAAAUACAACACCUUGAGUACUCUCCUCAUUCCUACCCUUCUUCAUACGUUAACCAUGUUGGACGACAAAGACCGAGAACUACAGCUGAGCAGGCAAGACGACAUCUGGCUGAUGUUGGCCGUCCUGUUAGAGGCUUCGAGGCGCCGUCAGAUGUAUGCCAUGAGAGAGAGGGAUGAGUUUGAAGCGAAGCUGACAGCCCAAGAAAAAGUCAUCGAAGACCUGGAACGGGUCAAAAUACCCCGUGAUCCCUAUGAUGACCCUCCUGAACAACCGAGGCCCUUGGUCGAAAGGUGUAGCGAUUGCAACCUACUGAAGCUCAUUGAACAUCGCGACAUUGCCAAUUUGUGGAUUCCCCGAGCAGAACGUGAAGCAUCGACCUCUCGACCUACAACUCUCGAACCAGAAGCCGCUCUUCACACCCCACAACCCAGGACCUCUACACCCAAACCUGAUCAUGUUCCACCAACACCACCACCCAACAUGCUAGAUUGCUCAGAAUCCUUUGAGGAGUGGAACUUUGAAGACGCCGCUUUCGAGGGGAUUGCUGCUCUCAAUGUUCAAGAAGUUGAUGCUGUCUUAACCCCUGCCAAAGAGGAUGCUGACAUGAACCAAGAUGAAAGACACAUCGUAAGCUCAUCUACCGAUCUGCCGGUCUCAACACCUUUCGUUGUGACCCCUUGGAGUCCUUGCUACAACCGUCGCGACAUUCCAGACUCCCCAACCCGAGGAACAGAGGGGUACCUGCUCCCAACACCAACGAUUGAAGAGGAAGACGACGAUGUGAUCUGUCUUGAAGGAUAUGUUCCACCAUUUGAACAACCCACAACCACUGUAUAUCGGGAAGAGAUUGUCAACUCUCCACAGCGUGCUAGACGGGAUCUGUUGACAGAGUUCCGCCCUGAUACACCAUAUCGAAGACGCUCUACCCGUCUCCUGAAAAGAAAGAGUCCUAAAUCUUGUCAUUAAGGUAACUAUUUGUUUGUGUAUUAUUUUAUUUACCAAAAAACUAAUUAUAUGU